AUGUCCACCGAUAUCAAACAAAACAUCGAAGCAACUGUCAAGAGCUAUGUAACCUCUUUCAUCGACGCGAGAGAAGCCAAUGAUCCCAAAAUUACCAACCGUGACACAACACCUGACUGUCUCCGCAGCAUGCUUCCCUCACCUCUCGGCGGCGGCGGUACGAUGCCCAACGAAGCCUACGAAGCAAUCUUUGCUCAGGGCCUGAAGGCUGGUGGAAUGCACGCCAACGAUAUCACUGACUUGGUCAUUGAUGUUGACGCUCGCAAGGCAGCCGUUACCACCGUAGCGACGUUGGUUAUGGCGGGUGAAGAGAUAAGUUUGGACUUUUCGUGGUUUUUGCACUUGAACGAGGAUGGAACUGAGAUCAACAGGAUUGUCGAGUUUGUUGAUUCCUUGACUUUUACUGGGUUGCAGAAGAAGAUGGCCGGAGGGGCCGAGAAGAGCGAGUAG